CGUGCAGCGCGCUGCCCAGGUUCUGUCACUGUGUUAAAGUAGUGGCAAUCCCUUCCAGAAGUAAUGCUUCUUCAUUUUUUCGAAACAAGCCUUCUUUUUUGCUUCGCAUCAACACUCCAAGAUGGUGAAAUUGUUUACCCGACUGUACUUGUGCCAAGGUCAAACAAAGGGCGAAAGGUGCUUCAGAUAAGCAAGAACAUCACACUUUAUCUUGAAAAGAGCCAAGUGUUUUCGAGUGACUUCGUCUUUAUAACUGAAUCGAAGGAUGAAAAAAUCCUCCACCGCAUGAAGCGUGAAUACUACGAGAAGAACUUGUAUCAUGACGAGAAAAUCAUGGCUUCCGUCAUAGUCGACGAAGACAAUGGCGUCCAAGUCGAAGGUGUUCUAAGCGAUACGCUGCGCAUCCGACCUAUGGCACAAAUGGAGCGCUCAGAAGACGGCCGCAUCCCUCACGCCCUUUACGAAAUCACACCGCCUUCGUGGUCGAGAAGAGGGCCCGGAAGACACAGGAAGGUGAACCUUCGCUUUGGGACUAUCCGCACGCCUCGAAUCAGACUAAGAGUUGUAGGAAUAACGAUGUGGAAGAAGAAACCGACGUACCUUGUGCCAGGAAUGGAGCAAGACCAAAUACUGGACAUCGAGACACUAAGAGAAUUCAACAAGUACUAUAAGGGUACAAUUCAGUUCAACAAUUCUGACCUGAUGUUUUUGUUGACUGGACUGGACAUGGUUUUCAUUGAAAAAAACGUAACCAUGACCUGGGUUGGCGGUCUUGCCAAUACAGGCGCGAUAUGCCAAGGAAACAAAGUAGCCAUGGCAGAAGACCGUCCAAGAGCCUACAUCAACGUUCAAACGGUUGCCCAUGAAAUCGGGCACAGUCUCGGCUGUGCACACGACGGAGAACCUGCUAUACAACAACUACCAAAUCACACAAGCUCAGAGACCUGUCCCCCGAGUGACGGCUACAUCAUGAGCUACUCAUGGAAAGGUGAAAAUAAGUACCGUUUUUCCAAAUGCUGCCAGCAGAACAUCAGAAAUCUGGUCACGCACCAGCCCAAAUGGAGUUGUUUAAUUCAAGUGAAGCUAAAGAAAACCAUCUCAAAUAAUAAGGACCUUCCUGGCAUGCGUACGACGGAAGAAUAUUUCUGCAAGAAAACGUACCUUUUUGAUUAUGAUGCGUUCUAUGACAAGACUUACGGCGUGAAAGACUGCAAGGUUCGGUGCCAAAAUAAGACCGACCGGUUCACGGUCAGCGCUGUCGACGGCACGCCUUGCGAAGAGGAUACAGGCACGAAAAAGCAUUGCAUCCUUGGGAAAUGUAUUGAAGUGAAAAAAUAGUAACUAUGGAGCCUGUUUUAUUGUAAUAGCAAGUUGUUUGGUUAUCCUAACAUUGUCAUCCGAGUGCUGAAUAAAAGUGGCUAUUUAUUUC